AAAAUUCAAUAUUUUAAUAUUGAUCCAUAACAAACGCUUAAAAUGAUAAAAUACCGUCCUUAUGUCUAUGAAAUAAAGUUACUCUUACGAUUUGUUGUAAGCCGUUUAAGGUCAUGCCAUCCUGAUUCUAAAACAAACUUAUCAGAAUGGCUUAGGAGUGCAAGCAUGUUAAAAUUAGCGAAGUCAUUAAUAACUUGAAAUCUUGUGUCAUCUAACCCAAGUCAUAUGGUUUUGAUAAUGAAUUUUACAUUUAUCUCUUGGUCUCUUGUUUGUAUUCAACAAUUUUGGCCCCA